GAGCAUGGAGCGGGGCCUCGUCCUUCUGCUUCCCCUCUGCCUGGGACUUCUGCCCCGCGGCCACGGUCAGGCCCUGGAGGUGGAGCCCCCGGGGCCCGCGGUGGCCGUGGCCCUGGGUGGAUCGCUGCAGCUCACCUGCCGCCUGGCGUGUGCGCGCGGCGCAGCGGCCUCGGUGCAGUGGCGGGGCCUGGACACCAGCCUGGGCGCGGUGCAGUCGGACGCCCGCAGCAGCGUCCUGGCGGUGCGCAACGCCUCGCUGUCCGCGGCGGGCACGCGCGUGUGCGUGGGCUCCUGCGGGCAGCGCACCUUCCAGAGCGCCGUGCAGCUCCUGGUGUACGCCUUCCCGGACCAGCUGAGCAUGUCUCCAGCAGCCCUCGUGCCGGGCCGGGGCCAGGAGGUGGCUUGCACAGCUCACAAUGUCACACCCAUCGACCCCGACGCCCUGUCCUUCGCCCUGCUCCUGGGGGAGAGGGAGCUGGGGGGCGUGCAGGACCUGGGCCGGGAGGAGGAGCCCCUGGAGGAUGAGGACAUGCUGUUCCACGUGACGCAGCGCUGGCUGCUGCCACCCCUGGGGGCCUCCGCGCCAGCUGCCCUCCACUGCCAGGCCACCAUGAAGCUGCCGGGUUUAGAGCUCAGCCACCGCCGGCCCAUCCCAGUCCUACACGGCCCAGCUGCCCUGGAGCCCUCCAGCACAGCCGCCCAGGAGCCCCCCACCACGGCUGCCAUGGAGCCCCCCAGUACGGCCGCCCAGGAGCCCCUCAGCACGGCCGCCCAGGAGCCCCCCAGCACGGCCACCCAGAAACCCCCCACCAUGGCUGCCAUGGAGCCCCCCACCACGGCCACCCAUAAGUCCCCCAGCAUGGCCGCCCAGGAGCCCCCCAGCAUGGCCGCCCAGGAGCCCCCCACCACAGACGCCAUGGAGCCCCCCAGCACGGCCGCCCAGGAGCCCCCCAGCAUGGCCGCCCAGGAGCCCUGCACUAUGGGCACCCAGAGCUCCACCCACUACCCCAGCAGUCCUGGCCCCAGGUCCUGGCCCAGCCUGGCCAGACCCUGCCGCCCAGAGAUCUACCAGCUCCCAGCGCCCACGGACGGCGAGGCCCGCUCGGAGCUGCUGUGCGUGGCGGCCUGUGGCUCGGGCGUGGCUGUGCGCUGGGCCCAGGCCCCCGGUGGCCUGGGGGCCUACGAGAGGCGGGAGGCGGGGCCGCGGGCUUGGCUGACCCCGCUGCAGGCUGGGCGCGCCCCCGAGGGCUGGUUCCGCUGCCGCCUGCACCCUGGGGGUCAGAUGUCCAGCCUCUACGUGGUCCCGGAGAGCCGUGAGUCUGGGUGCUGGGGACCCUGGGAUCAAGGCCUUAGAGAAGGAAAUGCCCUGCUCCAGCCUCAAUUUCCCCCACUGCCCAGUGGGUUUCCCAGAAGAUGGGCAGGUCCUUCUUCAUUUUCAGGGACCUUGUAAACUAAAACCGACAAAUCAAAUGCAGCGCUCGGGCAAUUUUAAACUGUCUAGUAGCCACACUUUUUACAAAAGUGAAAAGAAAUAGGUGGAGGUAAUUUUGACACUGCACCAGAUACAUCUAAAAUAGUAUCAUUGCAGUGUCACUGCAAUGUGUAACCAACAUAAAAAGCUUUAAUGGGAUAUUUUGUAUCCUUCCUCUUUUAAAAUUAAGUCUUCAGAAUGCACCACCGGCUGCAGUUUAGACCAGCCACGGUCCAAAGGCUUAAAAGCCGCGUGUGGCCGCUUGCUUCCAUUGGACCACCCAGCUCUGAACUCCAGGUCCUGGGGAAAUUUCACAAGGCUCGCUGUCAAGCCCGGGGCCGGGGAUUAUGAAUUGCAGAGUAUUUUCUAAAUGGCACGGCCCCCUGACCCGCCCUCCCCGCU